UUUUUGUUUUUUUUUCCGGUUCUUCGACGCCCUCUGUUUCUUCUUUCUUUCAUUCUCUCUAAAGUCCUCUUUACCCAGAUUUUAUCUAAAUUUUUUUAUGUUUCUAUUUUUGGAGAUUUAACUUCAGUUUUUGUCAAAUUAGGCUUUUGAUUUAUUUUGGAGAAAUUUAGAUGCAGUGAGAGGAUUUCUGUGUUUUUUUUUUUUUUUUUAACUCUUUAGGGUUCACCGGCUGAGAGAGUAAUUCCGGGUUAAUUCCGUCGGUAUCUAUUUUUUCUCCGGCGACAUGGCUUCCAAUCUUCCUAUGAGCCCUCAAUUAGAGCAGAUCCAUGGCGAAAUCCGUGACCAUUUCCGAGCCCUCGCGAAUGGUUUCCAGAGGUUGGAUAAGAUCAAGGAUUCAACUAGACAAAGCAAACAACUUGAAGAACUUACUGAGAAGAUGAGAGAGUGUAAAAGGUUGGUCAAGGAGUUCGACCGUGAGCUCAAGGAUGAGGAAGCUAGAAAUUCUCCUGAAGUAAAUAAGCAAUUGAACGAUGAGAAACAAUCUAUGAUCAAGGAGCUCAAUUCUUACGUUGCACUAAGAAAAACGUAUAUGAGUACCCUUGGCAACAAGAAAGUUGAGCUUUUCGAUAUGGGAGCUGGAGUUAGUGGCGAACCUACAGCUGAGGAAAAUGUUCAAGUGGCUUCAUCUAUGUCAAACCAGGAGCUUGUUGAUGCUGGAAUGAAAAGAAUGGAUGAGACUGAUCAGGCCAUUGAGCGCUCAAAACAGGUUGUAGAACAAACACUCGAAGUUGGAACUCAAACUGCAGCUAAUUUAAAGGGACAGACGGAUCAAAUGGGACGCGUUGUUAACCACUUGGACACUAUUCAAUUCUCAAUCAAGAAAGCCUCCCAGCUGGUGAAAGAGAUAGGGAGACAGGUGGCUACCGAUAAAUGCAUAAUGGGGUUCCUGUUUCUCAUUGUAUGUGGUGUAGUUGCCAUUAUCAUAGUGAAGAUCGUGAAUCCGAAUAACAAAGACAUUAGGGACAUCCCAGGAUUAGCUCCUCCAGCGCAAUCGAGGAAACUAUUGUACUUGAGGAAUCAAGACUACAUGUGAGAUUAUAAAUCUCUAUUUGUAUAUUUAUUCACGAGGAAUGAGGAAAUUGCAUCUUGAGGUUCGAUAUUUUAUCUUCUUUCCUUUUAAUUUGUUAACACUCCAUUUCAUGGAUGAGAGAGAGGGUUUGGGGCUUGUUGGCAUUGUGUGCUUUGAUAGUUGCAGAGUCUUGGAGAUGUUUAUAUUCUUUUGCUUUUUAACCCAAUUGUUUGAAUCUGGGUUUUGAUUGGAGGGUGUGUAAAUUUUCAGCUUUUGUCUAUUUCUUUUUCUUUUUGUUUUGUAGCAACUCAUCACUUCUUUUGUAUAAAAUUCAGACCAUGUUAUACUCUCU